AUACAGCGAUGAAGAGAAGUAACCCGAAAAGUGCCGUCAGAGAGAGUGUCGUUACUGAUAAAAGUCAAACAUUGAGAGUCAGGAAAAACAAGAGUAAAGGUAAGACGAGCGGUGUAGUUGAGUCAACAAGUAAGGUGAAGGAAGCAGAAGUUAUGCAGUUGUUUGAGAAGGGUGUUGCUGAAUGG